GGGCGGGCGGCGGCGAUGGAGACGGGCGACGGGCCGCAGCCGCUGCCGGGCGGGCCUGGGCCUGGAGCUGGAGCAGGACCGGAGUCGGGAGCAGAACCGGAGUCGGGAGCGGGAGUGGGACCAGGAGCUGGAGCAGGAUUGGGGCCAGGAGUAGAACCGGGACCGGGAUCAGGCUUGGGGUCAGGAGCAGGACCGGGACCGGGAUCAGGCUUGGGGUCAGGAGCAGGACCGGGACCGGGAACAGGCUUGGGGUCAGGAGCAGACCCGGGACCGGGAUCAGGCUUGGGGUCAGGAGCAGACCCGGGACCGGGAUCAGGCUUGGGGUCAGGAGCAGGACCGGGACCGGGAUCAGGCUUGGGGCAAGGAUCAGGAUUGGGGUCAGGAGCAGGACCGUGGGCGGGAUCAGUGUUUGGACCGGGACCGGGAUCAGGCUUGGGGCCAGGAGCGGGAGCAGGACCGGGAUCAGGCUUGGGGCAAGGAUCAGGAUUGGGGCCGGGAGCAGGACCGUGGGCGGGAUCAGUCUUUGGACCGGGACCGGGAUCAGGCUUGGGGUCAGGAGCAGGACCGGGACCGGGAUCAGGCUUGGGGCAAGGAUCGGGAUUGGGGCCGGGAGCAGGACCGUGGGCGGGAUCAGGCUUGGGACCGGGAUCAGGAUUGGGGCCAGGAGCGGGAUCAGGAUUGGGGCCGGGAGCAGGACCGUGGGCGGGAGCAGGACAGGGGGCAGGGCAAGGACCGGGAGCAGCAGCGGUGCCAGGAGCCGCGGUGGGAGCAGGAACGAUGCCCGUGGCCGCAGUCACGCCCCCAUGCCCGGCCAACAACAGCUGCGGCAAACCCCGGGCCCUGCCCAAAGGCCGCGAGUUCUUCCGCAACCAGAGGAAGGAUUCGGAGGGUUUCUCCGAGACAUCUGACCUGGAGUUUGAAUAUUUCGACAGUGACAAGUGGGCAGCCGAGCUUUCCGAGUUGUACAGCUACACAGAAGGUCCUGAGCUUCACCUGAACAGAAAAUGCUUUGAAGAUGAAUUCAAGACUCAUGUAAAGGACAAGAAAUGGACAGAAGUGGACAUCUCAGAGCACCAGGCCCACGCCAUGCGAUUGCUGGAUGGCCUGGAAGUAACUGCCAGGGAGAAGAGACUGAAAGUGGCUCGUGCCAUCCUGUACAUGGCACAAGGUACCUUUGGUGAAUGUAACUCGGAGGGAGAGGUGCAGCAGUGGAUGAGGUACAACGUGUUCUUACUGCUGGAGGUCGGCACCUUCACUGCACUAGUGGAGCUCCUCAGCAUGGAGAUCGACAACAGUGCUGCAUGUAGUAAUGCUGUGAGGAAGCCAGCAAUCUCUCUUGCUGACAGUACAGAUCUCAGAGUGCUCCUGAACAUUAUGUGCCUGAUGGUGGAAACAAUCCGCCAGGAAACAGAUGAGGAUAAUGCAGAAUGGAGGGUAAUGCGGGAGACCUUCAGAACAGAUCUAGGUGUAUCCUUGUACAACAACGAGCCAUUUUCAGUCAUGCUGUUCGGAAUGGUGACCAAGUUCUGCAGUGGCCACGCACCCCACUUCCCCAUGAAGAAGGUUCUAUUGCUGCUUUGGAAAACUGUCUUGUUAUCCUUGGGAGGCUUUGAAGACUUGCAAGUUCUUAAAGUGAAGAAGCGUGAAGCACUUGGUCUCCCACCACUUCCUGAAGACAGCAUCAAGGUUAUCCGUAACAUGAGAGCUGCCUCACCCCCGGCGUCGGCCUCUGACCUGAUAGAGCAGCAGCAGAAGCGAGCCCGCAGAGAGCACAAGGCUCUUAUGAAGCAAGAUAAUUUGGAUGCUUACAAUGAGAAAGACCCGUAUAAAACAGAAGAUCCCCGUGAGGAGGAUGACGAGAAUGACGAUAACGAUAAUUCGCUUGAAACAGAAACAUUUCCUUUGGAAAGGGACGAUGUUUUGCCGCCACCAAUUCAUCACCCGACCUGUGAGCGUUUAUCACUGCCCAAGGGAUUGCCUUGGGCCCCUAAAGUGAGGGAAAAGGACAUUGAAACAUUCUUAGAAUCUAGCAGAAGUAAAUUCAUCGGUUAUACUUUAGGAAGUGACACUGAUACAGUUGUUGGAUUGCCUCGGCCCAUCCAUGAAAGCAUCAAAACCCUUAAACUGCACAAGUACAUUGCAAUUGCUGAAGUCCAGAUCAAGAAAGAGGAGGAAUAUCUGAAGAAGCCACUUUCUGCGGGAGAUGAAGAAUUUGACCUGACACCAGCGGAGGUUCUGUAUCAGGGCAUACUUCCCAGUCUGCCUCAGUACAUGAUUGCCUUACUGAAGAUUCUUCUGGCGGCAGCUCCAACCUCAAAAGCAAAGACUGACUCGAUCAACAUUCUGGCUGAUGUCCUCCCAGAAGAAAUGCCUACCACGGUGCUACAGAGUAUGAAGCUGGGAGUCGAUGUUAACAGACACAAAGAGAUCAUUGUGAAGGCAAUUUCCGCUGUCCUUUUGCUGCUACUUAAGCACUUCAAACUCAAUCACGUCUACCAGUUUGAGUACAUGGCACAGCAUCUGGUUUUUGCAAACUGCAUUCCACUCAUUUUGAAGUUCUUCAAUCAGAAUAUCAUGUCCUACAUUACAGCUAAGAACAGCAUUUCUGUGUUGGAUUUCCCCUACUGUGUUGUACAUGAACUCCCUGAACUGACAGCUGAGAGCUUGGAAGCAGGGGAUAACAACCAAUUCUGCUGGCGGAACCUCUUCUCCUGCAUAAACCUACUUCGAAUCCUCAAUAAAUUGACCAAAUGGAAACAUUCCAGGACCAUGAUGUUGGUUGUUUUUAAAUCGGCUCCGAUCCUGAAACGAGCACUCAAGGUGAAGCAGGCCAUGAUGCAGUUGUAUGUCCUUAAGCUGCUCAAGGUCCAAACCAAAUACCUGGGGCGCCAGUGGCGCAAGAGCAACAUGAAGACCAUGUCUGCCAUCUACCAGAAGGUGCGCCAUCGACUCAACGAUGACUGGGCUUAUGGAAACGAUCUUGAUGCCCGCCCGUGGGAUUUCCAAGCUGAGGAAUGUGCAUUGAGAGCCAACAUUGAACGGUUUAACAACCGCCGAUACGACAAAAAUCCAAGCAACCCUGAUUUUGCCCCAGUGGACAACUGUUUGCAGAGCGUGCUGGGGCAGCAGCUGAUAUUACCAGAGGAGUUUCAAAUGAACUAUGAUCUCUGGCUUGAGAGGGAAGUUUUCUCAAAGCCAAUCAGCUGGGAGGAGCUCUUGCAGUGAUUUCCAACCCUGUUUUGUACAUUAGUCUCUUGUUUGUAAUCGUGUAUAAAUGAGUUGCUAGAUUUUUGCAGGCGGAGAGACCAUACUUUUAAUUUAUAACAGGAAUUUCUAGCUGUUUCUUUUUAUUUGUUAUUUAUGGUUUUGAGGCGAAAUGCCAUACCACAAGGAGCUGCUGGAAAAUACAUUUGUGGGUGUUGAAUGUGGAAUCGUUUAGCUUGUGAUGAGGCUUGAUGAUUGGGCACCCGAAUUGCUUCUCACAUUACUUGGCCACAAUCCUGGUAAAGAUGCUCAAACCCACUGCCUGGGAGAGUAGAUACAGUGAUAAAGAUACGGUACCAGGUGGCUUUGUACGUGUCUAUUUUCCUUGCAAAAUCCAAUCAAGAAUGGCAACCAGUUAUUAGCUUCCACUACCACGGGCAUCUACCACCAGAAGAUUCCUUCACUGAUUAUUGAUUUUUGUUUCUGAAUGGACCAAAAUAUGCUUCUUGGUGGGAAAGAAUGCAAAGGCAAUGCUUUUUGAUAUAUCUGUCCAUGGCAUUUUUAAUUUUGUUGUAUUGCACCUCUCAACUAUUACUUUCUCCCAGGACCUUAAAACGGUGGAACACCUCGUUUAUUCUUGAUAUCAACUUACUGAUUCAUUUUAUCUUGUUUGUUUUACUGUUUUAGUUUCAGAUGUGUUAUGGGCUGUAACUCUUCGGCUUAGUUUCUCAGUAAACACGACGAGAUACUUUGUGGGAAAUAAUCGAAUAAGAGACUGGUGGCAUUGCGAUCUGGUGUACUUCCCUGGUUGCUCCUAUUUCAUCAUUAUGUAUGGAAUGGCAGAGAUCUGACCCAAGUACAAUUCUUGGUCUUUGUGAACUGUAGCUUGGUUGUCCAUUUUUUGAGUAUUUUUGCUGUUCUUAACUGGAUCAAACAAGAUAUACACCAUCCAAUUUCUUCACCCAGUUAUGACCAAAAUUAUGAUCACCUGUUCACGGAGUACGACCAAGUAUCCCACAACAGAAUCCCAAUGUACCAACAUUUAUGGAAUUCCAAUCAACCAAAAUAAUUUUGGAGAAUUGCAGUGAGCUUAGUCCGUCUUAUUCACUCCAAUAUGUAGGAAUCUGAUGCAAUGAAUUAUUUGGCAUUAAUCUGCAGUUAAUGAAAUUCCAAAGGAUCAAGAUUCUCCCUGUUAAUUUUCGUUGUUUAAAAUCCUAUUAGACUAAAUUCAUUUGCCAUGCACUUCCCAACCUAAAUGCAAAGUGUCUGCAUUUGUGAAAUAUGUACUAAUUCCUAAUGACCUUUUGCCAACAUUAAGCACACUGAAAAUUGAUAUCUACUGCUACAUGACAAACGUUUUAAAAGGUUAAUCCUCACUUAUUUUUAAAUAAAUAUUUUACUUUGAAUAUUAGUUCUAUCAAUUUGCUGAAUAUAUUAUUUAAUGCAUGGAUGCAAAGGUUCACUUGUUUUUUAUCACAAAGCUACGAGGGAGAUUGGGAUUCCAAUCCAUACUUGCACCUGAGAGAUGUUUGAUGGAGUAACAUGACAAGGUUGCUGGCCAUGACUAAUGUUCACUAAGAAAAGGUGGAAAAGUGUACCACUUCCCACGUUGGAGAAGGUGCUACCUCAAUCAACCACAAAUUAAUUGUGUGUUUUGAAUUAUUUGGGUGUGAAAUGGGUAAGGACCCACGAUCAACCAAGCUACGGUUCAGUAAGGCGAACAAGUUCAUCUGUUGUGAAUGUAUUAUAUGGACUAGUGGGCCAUGGAGUUUCUGUUAAUUUAGACAGCAAGCAUGAUCUUCAUAGCAUUUUAAGGUUACAAAAGGUUCCUUGAAGCAUAGGACACAAAAUGCUGCAGCCACAUUGUACUCCUUGUUAUGGUGCUGUAUUAACAUAGAUGUGGAUAUUUAACACACGGUUUUAUGUAUGUCAGUAAAGUAGGUAAUUUCUGUAAAUUUUGUUUUUGAAUUCUUUUAAUGGAGUUGUAUAUUUUUGUAUGUUUAAUCUUACAACAUGGCUGCUCAUAUUUUGAAAAGUAUGGAAUUUGUACGGUAUAAGGGAAUAAAAUGUACAUCAGCCCAAA